AUGUCUAAGCGAACCCGAAAAGCUUUGGGCUUUGCUACAGAUAGCUCUGAAGACGAAAGUCAUGAUUUUAGUAUUCGGCAUAGACGGCCUAAAAUUUUACAACCCCCCGUCUUAGAUAUCAAGGCGCUUGGAGAAUUGUCUGCCAAGUCCUGUAGCAUAAGAUCACCAGGUGUCGCUGAUAAUGAAGAUGAUUCAACAAUUUUAGAUGUAGAAGAGCAACUAGAGGACGCUAAUCAAGAUGAAUUUGAGUUAGGGAUUAAGGCUAACUCAAAUGAGGGGAACGAGUAUGCGAAACUCAUGCCAAAAGGAUACAAAAUGUUAACAAAAAUGGGAUAUAAACUUGGUAACAGCCUUGGAGCACAACCAGAAGCUAAUAAUACUACUUUAAAAGUACAAGGACAGACUACACGUCAGGGUAUAAAGCUGCACUCUACUUACCCAAAUCCUGAAUCUUUCGCUGUUGAUUCCGCUGAGUUUCGUGACUGGAGUCAACAAGCAAAUAGCAGCAAGCGCAAGGAUGCAAUUUUCAUGAAAAUGCAAAAAUUGGCAUUUCAAAUGUCUGGAGAUGCGGAUUUGCUAACUGAGCAUCCGGAUCCUCGAGAUUUUAAUGUUUUGUGGAGAAGUUACAUAGUUAAACUCCUACAGCGAACAAAUCCUAGUCAUUCGGAACAUAAGGAAAGUGAACUUAACCCUCCAUCAGGCGACGAAGAGCUGGCUCUAUUCGAAGAACUUGGUAUUGACGAAAAAAUAUCCCAACUGCACAAUUAUUUAAGGGUAGAACUUCGUUAUUGCUUUUAUUGCGGUGCAAAAUAUGCCGACGAUGAAGAUUUGUACUUACACUGUCCUGGAUUCAAGGAAGAGGACCAUCAGUAA